CCUUCGGAAGGCCCAGGCGCGCCUGACUUUCCAGGCCCGAACGGGCUGAUCGGCAGCCUCUGGGCGACGAUCCAGGACCGCGCGGGCCACGGGCGGGAGCCAGGAAGCGCCGCCGGCAUGGAGGCGCUGUUGCUGGGCGCCGGUUUGCUGUUGGGCGCCUACGUGCUAAUCUAUUACAACCUGGUAAAGGCUCCGCCGUGCGGCGGCAUCGGCAGCCUGCGGGGCCGCACCGCCGUGGUGACCGGCGCCAACAGCGGCAUCGGGAAGAUGACAGCGCUGGAGCUGGCGCGCAGGGGAGCGCGCGUGGUGCUGGCCUGCCGCAGCCGGGAACGCGGGGAGGCGGCCGCCUUCGACCUCCGCCAGGAGAGUGGGAACAACGAGAUUAUCUUCAUGGCCCUGGACUUGGCCAGUCUGGCCUCAGUGCGGGCCUUUGCCACUGCGUUCCUGAGCUCAGAGCCACGGCUGGACAUCCUCAUCCACAAUGCCGGGAUCAGCUCCUGUGGCCGGACUCGGGAGACCUUCAAUCUGCUGCUGCGGGUGAACCACGUGGGCCCCUUCCUGCUGACACACCUGCUGCUGCCCCGGCUGAAGACAUGUGCACCCAGCCGUGUGGUGGUAGUAUCCUCGGCUGCCCACCGACGUGGACGUCUUGACUUCACCUGCCUGGACCGUCCCGUUGUAGGCUGGCAGCAGGAGCUGCGGGCAUACGCCGACAGUAAGCUGGCCAAUGUGUUGUUUGCCCGGGAGCUUGCCAACCAGCUUGAGGGCACUGGUGUCACCUGCUAUGCAGCUCACCCAGGCCCUGUGAACUCAGACCUGUUCUUGCGCCAUGUCCCUGGAUGGCUGCGCCCACUUUUGCGUCCAGUGGCUUGGUUGGUGCUCCGAGCACCAAAAGGGGGUGCUCAGACUCCCCUGUACUGUGCUCUGCAAGAGGGCCUUGAGCCCCUCACUGGGAGAUAUUUUGCCAACUGCCACGUGGAGGAGGUCUCCCCAGCUGCCCGAGAUGACCGGGCAGCCCACCGGCUGUGGGAGGCCAGCAAAAGAUUGGCAGGGCUUGGGCCUGGGGAUGAGGAUGAAGAACCUCAAGAAGAGCCUCAGUCUGAAGACCCAGGGGCCCAAUCAUCUCGGAACAGCCCCCACACAGAAGAGGCCACCAGUUCUGAACCCUCCCCGAGCCCUAAGAGCUCACCAGACUGGGCUAAGGUGACCCAGCGAAUUCCGGUUAAAGCUGAACCUCAGUCCCAAGACCUCUAG